AUGGAGAAACGACUACUCAACGAACAAGAAAAGGACUCGCAGCCAUCGCAGCCCCCACAUUCAUCCUCCUGGAAGACCGGCUUCUGGCGCCGCUUUCCCCAUUCUGGAAUUUUCGCUCUUGCCAUCGCGAUGGCUGCGUCUGUCAGCAUGAUAUACAUCAUUACCGCAUCAGAUGGGCAGCCUAUUACCUCCUGGAAGUACCAACCCACUGUUUGCCUUGCCAUAUCGUACACUAUCGCGAAUAUUGCGCUGCAAUACGCCCUCGCGCAAGCCGUUACCAUUGCGUGGUGGGUAAAGGCGUUGAAUGGCGACGCCAAAGUCAAGGAUCUGCACGAUAUCUGGGCAUUCGGGCAUGGAAUCUUUCCGAUACUGCGAUCAGGACGGUCUUUCAAUCUUGUCGCUUUGGCUGGACUCGCUGUUACGCUGGCGCCUAUCAACGGACCUCUUUUGCAACGCGCUUCUGUCAUUCAUGAGCGAACGCGGAUUGAGAUGAAAAACAUCACUAUACCCGUCGCGCGAGAAAUUCCCAUGGGCUAUACUGGUGUGAGCAGCAAUCUUGAGUGGCCUUCUUUGAUGUCACCCCCAUUCAGCGAAAUUGCCAUGCAGCAUACUGAUGGUCAAACUAUGAACGUCUCGGGUUCAGGCUGUGAAGGCUUGUGUAGGGGCACAUUACGUGGCGCCGGCUACGACAUGCGUUGUGUCCAGGAUAGCAUCGGCAAUUACAACUAUUCUGCUUUUUCAGGCAGUGUUCAGACGUCGGUGGAUAUCUUCUGGUCAAACUUCACAAACGCUCGUCUUUUUAAUGAAAGUCAAGAGAUAAUCAUGAACUUCACUGCAAUCUACAAAGGAGACGAGGGGUGUGACGCGCUGAUCAACAGAACCAAUUGCGAGCUACGACCUGCCAUCAUGGAAUAUCCCUUCAUAUUGAGCAACGAUUCGAUCACUCUGGACCCGGAUAGCUCAUGGAAAUCAGACCGAGUUCAGGCUCUUCACUCACCCUUCAUCAAGUCAGAUCGUGACACUCUAGUUCAGAGCACUUAUUCUGGCGUGUAUCUUUAUCUGGAUGCACAGUGGCAAUCGAACAUGUACACGUAUAUCGCUGGCGGUCCUCUAGGCUGGAGAGGCUACACCUCUGGAACGACUGUACUCAGAUAUAUGAAAGACUUUGUGGGCUUGCAAGCCGGGUUUUGCGGCAUGACGCUUCCAGAUCCGACAUCCGACGUCUUGACGUCAGUACGCGAGCUGGCUUUUCGAACCGCACUAUACAUACCUCAAACCAAGGGUGAGAUUUUGAAGGUGAUACCGAAACUUCCAUACGAAUUCUGGCCCUCCUUCGUGGCGAUGGAUGAAUCAGAGAGGAAGCCUACCUUCGAACAAACGAUCGAAAUUGAGCAAACCGCACAAGAGGUCGUGUUCAAGAGUCAAUACCAAUUCCUCGCCAUUGCCAUCGGCAUCACGCUCGUAGCCACGGGCUGUGUCUGCACAGUAUUAGCGGGCUGGUGGCAUCUAGGCCGCGAGGUCUCGCUCUCACCAAUCGAAAUCGCAAAAGCCUUCAACGCGCCGCUUCUUGUAGAGUCGCAUCCCAAUGCAGAGGUCAGAGGACUGCUCAAAGAAUGCGGCGAGCAACGAUUAAGAUACGGAGUAGUGUGGGAGAAUCCUGACUAUCCCGUGACUUCGAUACCGACGCUGAGACUGGAGAUGACGGAGCUUUGUAAGAAACCGCGGCAUGGACAGGUGCUGGGUCAUUAG